GCUCGAGUCAGUGCGCAUGUCAAGAUGAAAAUUGCAAAUGGCGGCCGUUGUUAUUGUUCGUUCCGAAUUAACUAUUUGUAAAUUAUAUACCAAUCUUUUUAGCGAUUUUUCUACUGAACUGUUAUAUUGAUGUGAUGCUUUAACUUCUCAUAAUUCGUCGCGACGCGUUUUAUGUACGGUUUUAAGUGUUUUGAGUGUUUUUUUGGUAUUUUAUGUGUGUCAUGCAAAUGGGGUAAGCUGGAAUUAUCGGAUGUCGCUUAGGUUGUUUUGGAUAGUUUCAGGAAGAAAAUGGUGUGAACUUCUCUAUCCUAGUGUGUAAAAAUGGAUACUGUAAAAAGUGUUUUAACAUUUUCAUCAUGUUUUAUGUGUUGCAAGAAGCAAGAGCGGCAGUAAUUUGCUAAUGUUCCAUGCCGUGACUGUACCCCCGUACAUUUCAAAAUGGCUGCUGCUCUUCACGAUAUAUGAGCUUUGCGUCACUGGAACAUAAAUCAGUAGAUUGGAUUCGUGACGAGAUUUUAGUGCUUCUAGUCUAGUGAUCCAGUGUGAAAAAGCAAAAAUAAGCAUUGAACAAGACCCCGGACAUAAUUGGGGUGGGACAAUAGUGUUGUAUCAUAUGUUUUUGGAGUAGUGGACACUGACCAUAGGACCGAUAUUGCCUUGCGUCCGAGCUGGAUUGUAAUGUUGCGAUUUGAUAUCCAGAAUGGUUUGCAACACGAGGAAAUAAAAAAGCUGUGGAAUUGAGCGGAAUGUGACAUCGUAUGAGAGUAUGGCAGCGGACAGCGAUGGGCCAGGGACGGCUGGCGGCGGGUCGUGCGGCGUGGUAGUCACGUGCGAGGGCGACCUCUCCGACCCCCGCUUCCCCGCCCGCUUGCGGCGGCUGCUGCGGGAGCUCCGCACGCUGCUCGCGGAGCCCCAUCCGCAUACACUCAAAGUUAACAAGGUGGAGCCGUGGAACUCAGUUCGCGUGACGCUGUCGGUGCCGCGCGCGGCGGCGGCUCGACUGCGGGCCCUCGCCGCGGCCGGGGCGCCCCAGCUCCGGGCCCUGGGCAUCCUCUCGGUGCAGCUCGACGGCGACGCUGCCGUGUCCCUGAGGCUGCAGCACGGCACGGAGUUGAGGAUCAACACCGACCACGACGCGACCACCUCGCGCUCCCAACAAAAUGCCGAGUUGCUGUCGAACCUCGGCGGCAUCGGGCGGCUGCUCGAGGGCGAGGCCUCGACCAGCGCGGCGGAGCCCCCGGCGCCCCCGCGGGACAACUUCAAGAGCCCCAACACCGUAUGUCCGAUGGACGGCAAGAUACCGGUGCAGUUGCCCACGCCGCCGGCGGAUCGUUGCGAAUAUCCGUUUGGUAGUAUGACGCAUGCGAGGGUCAUACAUCGGAAGGAGAAUACGCUUGGUCUAAGCGGGCCAUCGAGCUCAAUCCGACCACCGACCGACGUAUUCGUCCGACCGUCGACCUCCUCGUUCCCCGGUCCCCCUCCCCCAUACCCGCAGCCCACCCCGGCGGCGCCCCCGCCCACACCCUCGCCGCAGCCGCCGGCCGCCCCGCCCACAGUGGCCAUGUCGUCGCCGCUGUUGGUCAAUCUGCUGCAGAAUGAUGCGCCCGCGCCGCAACCCAGGCCGAAGCCCCCGCAUCCGGCUAAGUUGGAACGCCUAGAUGAUGGACAGGUGGAGCUGGCGGUGGGCCGGCCUCCGUUCCCGCGGCCGCUGGCGGAGCGCUACCGCGCGCCCCCGCCCAAUGUCCUGCUGCGGCCUAGGGCUCCAGGUUUCCCAACAGAGCCUCCGCCGUACCGCGCGGCGCCACCUCCCCCCGCUGCGGCCCCUCCUCCCCCUCCCCCUCCCCAGGCGGCGGCCGCCCGCCCCCGAGCGCAGCCCGCCCCGCGCCCGCCCCAGCCGCGGUUCUCAGUGGAGGACCUGCAGGUGCUGUUGCCGCCCUCCACUACCAGCAUGGACCAGAAAACGAGGUCGAGGUUUCAAGAGUUCCAGUGGUUCCAGCAGCAGUACAUCGCGACGCAACGCGCGGCCGGCGCAGCCUCGUGGCGCUCGCCGCCGCGCGACGCGCUGGAGCUGCCGGAGCUGGAGCUGGAUCUGCUGCUGCCCACGCUGGGCGGCGAUCUGCAGCUCGACGACGCUAUCUCCGACCUCGACCCCGGCGCCAAGCUGGACCAGUACCACACUCUGGACUCUGUGCUGCGCGACAUCACCGCGGCCCAGUACUCGGACUCCGCUCCCAACCAGGCUGCGACUAGUCAGACCCAAACUGUGACCCAAAAUGUGCCUUCUAAAUCUGAUUUGAACGUGAGCGAGUCCGACUUCAUGCCUCCCCCUCCGGUGCCGCAGCAAUCUACGUCUAAAACCUUCCCGAAUACGAGUCAGAGUGCUAUGAAUAGUAACCAUACGCAGUACAAAGUGAACGCGUUUUCGAAUACGAACGAUAGGAGUCAUGUGCAGACGUCGAUGCCGCCGCCGAUGAGGCUGCCGGUUCGGGCGACGUCUUCGGUCGCGACGGCGACGGUCGGGUCCCAAGCUUCGGCGCAGGAAAUCGAGGAACAGAGCAAGCAGUACCUGAUCAAAACCCUCAUGAGAGACGAUGACGUCCCUCCGCCGAAGGAGCAGGAGAAGAAAGUAGAAGAAAUCACCGUAGCAAGCUGUAAGGUCAAAGAGAAUAGUACGGAUACGACGCCCGCGCCUGAAGUGUUCGGCAUCGCGAAGUCCACCAUCAUUGAGGAUGACACUAAAAAGGAGGACGACGCGAAGAAGAGAGUGAUAAAGAAAGAGAAAGACGAGAAAUUAUUGCUGAAAGGGGGCAACCCCAAAGCUGGUGCUAAAGAAAAACCGUCGACCUUGAAGGACAAGAUCGUGAAAGAUGCCAAGAAAAUUGCCUAUCCCCGGCCGCAGGUGCCCAAACCUACGCCGCUGGGAAACGAAGCGCCGAAGUCGCCUCCCGGAGAGAAAGAGUCGAUAAAAUUAAGGCUAAAGUUGGAUAAAAAUGAGCCUGUAUACAAAGCUGAUGUGAGUUUUGUGAAUCAGCAACAGAAAGGCGAGAAGCCAUCGGAGGGCGAACCCAGAGUUCCACCGCUGCACAUAAGCAUAAGAGGUCCAAACUCAGCGGUCAUUAAAAACUCGAAGAAAGAGAAGAAGAAGUUCAGCCCGGGGGAAUUGCAUUCAAAGAAAAUAAAGAUCAGGAAAGCGUUGGAGGGAGAGGAAAAACAUAGGCGGGAUUCGGAGGAAUCAUCGAAAUCUGACACAACUGAAAAUAAGACUGACGAGUAUUUAGUCAAAAGCAUAAAGCUGAACAAUCAUUAUGAGAGUGAUGUGGUCAAAACGGAAAUCGCUGGGGAUAAUAACGUUGUGUACAGAAUGAAAAGUAUAUCGAAAACCGCUCACAUAGUCACCAAAACCCACGACUACAAACUGAACAACAAACUCCCUUUAGACAUCAAAGUUAAGAAAAAGAAAUUGUUGAACGAUACGGGGAAAGUCGUGGAGAAAGAGCGGGACAAAGAAUGGCGGAACGACAUGUUGGAAAAGGAGGGGAAAUACGCCCAGAACGAAGGUUACAGAGAGGCCAACAACCACGAAGCUAAGAAAAGGUUACCAAGUAAAGAUGCGAAUUGUGAUAAGUCCAGUGAAGGCAAAGUAGUGCAAUUGGAAGUGAGUGAAGGUAGUGAGCUGGACAAUCGGUUGCUCAAGUGCUACGAACGGACGCUAAGCGAUGACGACAAUAAACUUAAAAGGACACUAAACGAAAGUGCUAUUACCUCACCUAACGGACUGCUCGCCUCGGAGAAGAAGAGGAAGACCAGCCAUAGUUCCUGUACAGUUCCAGAUCCGCCGGGGUCGACGAACGUGGGCACGUCGCCGCCGCGCGGGCCCGCGUCCCCGCGUCGCCGCGAGCGCCCCAAGGACAAGUCUUACUGCAAGCUCGUGGCUGAACGGGACAAGUUCGGCAACCGCUCCCCCAACUCCCAAGCCCAAGGCGAAGACUCUGGGAUCGAAUCUAUGGACGCCCUGUCGGAAAAAUCCCCCAAUCAGGCCAGCCAAUCCCCCCCCGGCCCCCAGAGAAAAGAACGACUGGAUAUGCCCCGGUCUACCAGCCCGGCUUCAGUUCAGAGGAUAAUAGGAGUGAUCGAAACGACUCCGGCCUCCGAUGAACUAUUGGAACGACUAUCUUUAUCUAAUAGUCGGCCACAGUACGAUCCGGGUCCUCCAGAUAUAGACGAUUUGGGUGAUAUAGAGGCCGCUUUGGCGGAGAUGCACGGGGACCACGUUAACGGUGAUGAUGCUCCUAGAAGACCACCAGAAAAUGAAAGAAAGGAGAUCAAAAGAGAAGCGACGCCUAUUCUAAGGGAGGAUGACAAGCAAAAUCAACCGAUAGAUAGGCUAGAGGUGAAAGAGGAACGGAAAGAGGAAUCGACGGAAGUGAAAGAAUCACCCAAGAAGGAGGAUUUCGAUCCGUUACCGAGUAGAAAGUCUCCACCGUUAUAUACUUACUCGAAUCAGGAAAAAAGUGCCCCGGAAAUAGAAUUGAAAGAGGAGAAACCUCCAGCGAACGGUGAAACCGAGGAGCAUCGGACGGAGGAGAAACCUGAACCGAAAAUCGAAAGGAUACCGCUUCAAGCGGAGUUUCCGGACAAGAGUUUACUCGAACAACUUCUCAUAGAAAUUCCCACGCAAGAUUACGCGGGCAGAAGGCCCGAAUCUCCCUCGCCGUCCGCUUUAGAAAGAGUAGCUCGGAGUAGUGUCAGGACAAGGUCGAGUAGCAAGAUGAAUAGUCCUGCGGACGGGCCGAAGACGCCGAGACUUAGUCCCGGGGUCAAAACGGAACGAUCAGAUUCGCCCGCGAAUCAGCCGAGGAAUUGUCUAAGAGGAGGAUCGGUCGACAAGACUAGUCCGAAAACUCCAGUAGUUCCGACGCCUGUGAAAACCGCGACGGGGGCGAAACGGAAGAGAAGGGAGUCUGAAAGUUCAGGAGCAUCGUUAGUUAGCGAAGAAGGCUUGUCACCGGCGGGGAGGCCGAGGAAGAAAGCGAAGAAGUUAGACGGCAAAUUACCCGCGCCAGUGGUUCCGGGGAAGACUAAGAAAGAUUCGGACAGUGAUAGUGAUGAGCCAUUGAUAUGUAAAGUGCGCGGGAAGACGUCGAAGCCCAUCCGGCCGCCCGUGAAGGUGCCGCCGGCCGCCAAGGGGCUGGAGGGGGUGGGCACGCGGCGCUCGGGGCGCUACGGGGCGCCGCCCGCCGCGCCCCCGCCCGCCGCGCCCCCCUCCGGCGCCCCCGCAGCGCCAGCGGCGCCCGCAGCGCCCGCCGCGCCCGCCGCGCCGCCGCCGCCGACCAGGAGGAAGACCCGGAGCGCUGUGGUGGAAGGCGUGUUGACAGCGGGCUGCGUGCGGCGGCGGCGGGCGUCGCGCGACGGCAAGUGACGGCGGCGACGCGCGGACCGCGCCGCGCCGCUGCUGCUGCCCCUCCCCGCGACCGACUGACCACCACCUCCCCCGCCGCCUCUGCCCCCGCCAGUCAACACUGACACGCUGCUGCGGUGGCUCGUUGGCGAGGACUGAGGGCUGACGUGAUCCAAUGCGACGUAGACAGUUCAUUUCCAAAGAAAAAUUGAUUGCGCGUGAGUCCUUUGAAUGUCAGUGUCAGGAAAUCGCGCGACAAUGGCGCCAACUGGUGAACGAAAAAACCGUAGCCCCCGUUUACUGUUCGAAGGUUUAGUUCCAAAGAAAAUUUGAACGUUAUGUUGUGCGCAUUAGGGCUUUUUUUUAAGUGACAGCCGUAAUCAACCUCACGCGACAGUGGCGCCAACUAACGAACUAACGGUAAAACCGUAGCUCCCAUAUGUUCGUGGGUCGUAGAAGAUUAGUUCGAAUUUAAUCCCGGUUCGCGUUUUCAUUAGUGUUGAGUGUCUUUUUAGAAGUGCAGGUGUUAAGUAGAAAUAUUUGGACUUGCACUAAUCAGUGCCUGCCCAUACUGUGUACUUUCCACUCACACUUAACACGUAUCAAAAUGCGAAUGUACUUUAGUGUUUGUUUUCGGUAAUGUUCUAUCGAUAGCAUUGAUAGCUUUUGAAGACUCGAUAGUAACGCCACAUGUCAGUCGAUAGUAUUUCUCUUAUCGAUGCCAACGAUAGUGUUGACACGUGGCGAUGCUGUCGAUAUCAACUAUCGAUAGCGAAACAAUCGAUAGAUACGCAAAACCAGUUUGAACUUUUUCGAACGAUUAACUUUUUUUCGAUUGUUGUUUUAAAGUGGUGUGAUGAUUGAUUGUUUGAUUUAUUGUUUUAGAAACUUAAAAAAAAAAUGUUUAAAACAUUAUUGGUUGCGAUGAAACUGACAUUUUUACCACAAAAAUCACUAGGCAUAAUUCUUAAAUAAUUUGCAAUUAGCUUUCUAAUAGAGUAUCCGUAUACAAGAAAUAUUUUAAAUAUUUUUUAAAUACCUAUAUUUUGUUGCCGCUAUUUUAUAGCAGUUCAAUUUGGUGAAAUUUCGCGUGACAUGACUAUGUAUAUAUAUUUUUUUAAUAUAUGAUAUAUAUAUAUAUAUAUACUAAAUCUAUACAUGAUAUGGGUGAUUACUUGGUUUUAACCUUAACUUUGUACAUUACAACGAGUAAAUAUUAAAAAAAAAACCUAUAUCAAUAAAGAUUAUAAGUAAAAGUAAAAUUACUAGUAGUAACAGUUAUUUUUUAAAGAUCUCCGCUUUAGAUUAUUUAUUUUCUCUUACAUAAUAAUGUACCAUUUGAGUCACACUGUAAUAAAGAUCAAAUUGGCUUGAACAUGAUGCGCCUAGAUCGCGCUUAUUGCCCUAUCAUAUUAAAGCUAAUUUGGAAUUCAAUAACUUUUCUUUCAUAUCAAGUGUGUUAGUGAUACGGUGUCAGAUUUUAUUCAAGUCGCCAGAAGGACACGACUUUUAUACAUCAUAAUGUCAUUGAAAUUAAAUAAUUCUAUCGUCCCUUUUUUCGCAUAAUUUAUUUUUUUCUUUGGUAUACUGGUUUUGCCAUAAAAUAUUUUGGCAUUUAAGGUAUAAUUGAUUUUUGGCGUACGGGUAAAUGUGGCAUAAUUAACUUUUAGGGUUAAGGUUAGUUAUGCUACAAAUUGUUAUGUGUAAGAACGUUAUGCUUAAAAAUCAUUAUGCCACUAUGCUAUAAUUAUAUUAUGGCUUAAAUUUUUAUUAUAAUAGAUAUACCCGUUUUCAAAUCAAUUUGCCAAUGUAAAAGUCUUUGUUGGUCGCAAAUAAUUUUCAUAUAAGAAACAAAUAUGUACAUUAUAUAUAAUACUUGUGCUUUUUGAUUUGUGAAUUGUAGUUAUUUAAGGUCAUGUCGCGCGAUUUGGUAUCAAAUUGUAUGAAAGAAUACUAUACAAUUACCCCAUUAUUCAUAAAAAAAAGUUAGAACACAGUUAAAAUAUGUUUUGUCUCUAUUUAGGUAGGAAGUGCGAUAGUGACAAAACAUAUUUUGGCUUAGUGUGUUUUAACUUUUUUAUGAAUAACGUGGUUAGUUUUUAUCAAUCAUUAUUCAAAUGUUGCGCAGUUUUCAGAUAUUUUUGGUUUUAUGAAUCUCAAAAUUUAUAAUCCUGUUUAUUUUUUUAAAUAGUGCAAUUCAAGAAAGAGUUUUUUGUAUGAGUGUAGUAUUUUUUUCACAAAAGGUGUAUAUUUUUUUUAUCAAAAUUGAAUUGAACUAUUUGGAUUGCAAUUUAUUUAUUUAUUUCAUUUAAAAUAAGGUAAAGUUGUGUAGAAUCUUUUAAUUUUGGCGCUAUAGUUAGUUCUCUCAUAAAAAUCGAAUAUCAACUCAUCAUACUCACAUAUUGUGCAUAAAUCGCAAAAUAUUCGGGUACCGGUAUAGUUGGCAUGCUCGACCAAAAUGGAUCGUCGUUAAAACCCUGUAUAAAUAAAACUGUAUCUAUACCUAUUUUAUUUAGUCGUGUAACGGUACGUGGAACUGUUGUUUUUGACUCUUUAUAAUUUUAUUUAGUGAACAAAUCAUGUUACCAUUCACUAUAACUCGACUUAGUAAGUUUAAUCAUACAAUCGAGUAAUUUAGGACCUUCGUUGCCACUACGGAUUUCGGGUCGCGAGUGGACGCCUUAGUUUAUUAUAACUUGCGCCGUUUGACUCGCAAACACCGAACGUUGACCCCUAAACAUUGUAUAUGCCAAAAGUAUUUGGGAAUUGGGCGGCCGGGGGGUUAUUUUCUACCAAAAUCUACUUAGUUUCCUUUUAAUGUAGUGUCACUGAUAUAGCAAGGUCAAUGUUCGCUGUUUGCCGAGCCAGGUGGCACACAGUAUAGAGAAAUAGUUGUAAUUAUUGUACAAAAGAGCACUCGUCUUAUAGGCACAUCGUUAUGGAUAACCGAGAGAUAUAAUAAUAAUUGUGAAAUGCAUAAAGUAACAUAUUUUCAUACGUUUUUGCACGUCUGAACGUCGAACGGUGACGUCAAAGCAGAGUAGUUUUAAAAUUGUUUUGGCGGGAACGCGUCUUUUCUUGUUGGCUGGAAGCUACGGAAAUUUUAAAAAAUUUCUACUUUUAUCUAUGGUCUGUCGUGGACAAGGCAACAGGUUUUAUAAUGAGGAUGAUUUUAGUAAAAUUUAUUUACACUUUUAGACAAAUUAUAACAGUAAAUAUAAUGAAAUUUAUGCUCAAAAUAUCAAAUUUACUGACUUAUACGCACUUGAUGCUUCACAAUGAAAUGGAAUAUUUUUAUCCACUUUUAUUUAAUUAUCUGACUUGACUCAUUUGUAAUUUGUACAUUAUAUGUUUUAUUAAUAAAAUAAUAUUUAUGUUGACUUGUCCAAAUAAGACAUAUAGUUUUUCUAGGGCAUUCGAAACAUACAUAUACAUUCAUAGUCAAUAUUUUCAUACCAGUGUCAUUAGGAAAUAUAUAAAGGUCGAUGUCACAUUUUUAGUCUGCCGGAGAAACAGACUAUAGUAUAUAGUUGGUUAUUUAUUAGGUUCAAGUUGUUGCCUAAAUUUUUAUGUGUAAUCUUUUAUUUUGUUAUUAAGUUAAAAUUUAGUUACUGAUAUAGUUUACUAUCUACAAAAAAGUUAGCUAACAACUUGAAACGUGUAAACCAGCUUUAAUGCCGAGCCCACACUUAUCACGAAGGUUCGUGCGGCAAGUCUCGCGAUGAAUACUACGAACGUACUCUUUCGUUUCCAUAGCAAGCGAAGGAGACAGCAACAAUUCGUCGAAGCACGAAGCCUAGGCCACACGUUACAACAUUGCGCGUGGGUGAGGGCACAGCAUAGCAUAGCGUCGUAAUGUCAUAAAACUUGGCCAAUGUGGCCUAACAUAAGCGGCAACAUUCGCGGCAAAUUAGUCGCAACUCUAGUCGUUUGGUUACUAGCGGUAGUUUAAAAUAUGCGUCGGUAUAACUCUCGUGUAUUUUGUUCGUAGUUUGUGGUCUUGACGCAGGUCGCUUUCGCAAAUUGACAUCGAGAAAAGUAAUGUCACUUUCGAAAAAUUCACUGGAAAAUGUCAUUAUAGCACUGUGUCACUUUUGCAAAAUUACAUUUUUUUUUUCCCAAUGAGUCUUGAUACUAAAAACAGAGAAAAAUAAUACUAGUUACGAAUAUGUUUAACAACGCGUCGAGUCGCCAGAAAAUAAAAUUUUGACAUUAUGUGAAUGUUCCUAUAAUGUCAUAAUUUUCCUCAAAAUUUCGCGAUAUUUACAUUGCAGUGUAAGUGAAAUUAUGUAAAAGUGAUCAAAACAGUUGGCAAUAGUGCAAACGUGACGAUCCGCGUAAAGACUAUUAGUUUUCCGAUUUUUGAUGUGAUGCCGUGGCUCGGCGCUUUCCCGCGCAAAACUUAACAUUAGCGUAUUUAAUUAAGAAUUCACGACCAAUAAUUAUAAUGUGAACUUGAUAAUUUCAUGGUGAAACGAUAAUAAUAGCGACUGAGUGUUUCAACAGUUUGUCUUUUGGGCUUCCAGUAUACUAAAUACGAUAUUUUCUUUCCGACACCCCCUAAAUGUUCUAUGAUUUCUCCCCUCCCAAUUUUUUGACAUCGGCGCCCCUAAUAUUUCUCCCAGUGGAUGUUUUAAAGUAAUAUUUUAAGCUAGCUUUUUUUUUGCACUGUAAAUAAAUGAAUUUGAAUCAAUUAGUUUCAUUAGAUGCUAGUAUUUAUUGAUCACAAUUUUUAAAAGUCACUUAGUGGAGUGUUAAGAUUUUUUAAUAUGUGUCAUGUCCACCAUUUUGAGUGAUUGGUUAUGUCGAAAUUCAACCUUGCAAAUUUGUUUCGGGUGAAAAUUUUCUGUUAAGAAUAAUGAUAGACAUGAUAUCGAGUGUUCCCAGCAGUAUAAAUCAGUCGUGUCAAAUUAUAUUGAAGUUAAAGUUCCUAAUAAUACGUGAAAAUAUCUUAUUCUGAAGUAUUGGUUGUAAAUCUCUUUUGAUGUUCUAUUUGCAACGAUGAUAGUGCUAAUUUUCAGCCAACCAAUCACAGAGCGGAAUGUGAUUGGUUGCGUCCGGCUGCGAAUAUUACUGUUGGGGGACACUCUACUGUUGCACGAUUCAGUUGCCGUUCCUAAAUUUAGGGGAUGAACCCAAAGCAAUAAUUUGUGGAUGUGAGCUGUUUUUUACUCCUUUUUACCAUGUCCUCAGUGACUUACCUCGUGUCCCCCUUUUUCGUCGGUUGACGUCUUUUGCGCAUGCUUAUUGGUAGAGUAUUUCGACACUGUAAAUAAUACAAUGUAACAAAUUCACGUUAAUUCGAUUCUAUGUAAAUUUUUUUUGUACCCAUCUUUUUUAUAUUUAUCUUAUGAACAAUAUUCCCCGUUAUUGGUCCUUAUUGGUAAUAAACCUUAAACUAAAUUUAUAGAGACUUAAUCAAACUAUUCUGUAGUUGGUUUAUGACCAUGCAAUUGAGUCUUAAGUACUUAUAAAUGUCUAUAAUCUUCUAAUAAGCAUGUGUUUUUAGCAUAUUUUGUCACAACUUAUUUCGAGACCCACGUUUUUACGAUGUUCAAUGUUCUUAGGUACAGUGAUAGUUCUAAAAUACAAACCGUUUAGUAUGUAGUAUGUAUAAUGUAUUGAGAAUAUUUUAUUAUAAGAAUAUAUUGCCUGAUACAAUAUUGUGCCCUAUAACGUGUGCCGUGCAAGUGCAAAGCUAGUUAAGCGGGCGGCUAGGUGGUGGCCUUUAAAAAAUAUUGUUUUUUUUUCUAUUAGUUAAUCAAAUUUAUCGGUUGGGCCGAUGUACAAUCUCUUGUAAAUUUUUAUGUAUAGAUGGGGAAAGUAAUAUAUGUUAUAUGUUAAGUAAUUGUUUUUUUUUUCAAAUGGAUUUUUUUGGGAGUUGUUGUAUAUAGGUGCGAGACUGCACGGACGUAAUCGCUAGGAAUGCAACGCCUUAUACUGUAAUAUAUGAAAUUGCAAGCUUGUACCAUAUAAUUUUAGUGGACCGACUCUCAAAUAGUUGUGUAUAUGGGUGUAUAGUUAUCCUUCUAGUAUCUUGUUUUGUUUUUUUAUUAUUUUCAACUAAUUGAUAGUAAUUUAUGCCGAUAAAAAUAUAUUAUAUAUGUAGAAGAAAGAAAUACAAAUAGUUUUAACACUAUAAAUAUAGUAUAGGGGUGACACCACACAAGAGUAUAGCUUAUAGUUUUGGUAUGUAAACAUUAUAUAACUUGUAAAUAGAUUGCAGAAAUAGUAAAUAAAAGAAUUGAUACAAUAAAUUGUAACAUUAUGUUAUUGUAAUAUUUUUUCUAGAUCGUGUUAAUGGUUGGGCCCCGCCCUCGAUAGGACAAUCAUAAAGAGCCUGCAAUAUUUUUGUUGCUGGCAAGUUAUUGAGUUUGUCUUUCCGAUUUUUUAUUGUGCAUUAUUUUCUGUAAGUUGCUUUCACUGUCGUUCUAGAUUAUUUUUAAAAUCAUAUAAUUAUAUUCAUAAAGUACGAUGAGUCAUGGUGAAUUAUUAUCAUAUUAUUAUGAAUGAAAAGAAAUAAGGAAUAUUAUUGUUCUGCUAUUAUUAAAUUUGUAAAGUUAGUUUAUUAAUAAAUGAAUAAAAAUA